ACGCUUUUUUGACAUCACGAGCCAGUCGUUCGAGACACUCAAGCCACCUGAUCCACAUCCGCUCAGCCCUACGUCUUGAUUUAAAGGAACCGUGAACUCCUCCGUUCAACCUUGCUAUUAAAACAAACCAACCCAAAGCAACCGAACACUCUCGCAGCGCAAAACGAUAAAGUGAGAACAGAAAAAAAAAGAAAAUGGCCCGCGGCAGCCUCAUCCCCCUCAUCAUCCUCUUGGUGGUAGUCACCAUCCUCGCCGUAAUCGGGUACAUCGCUUGGUCGAUCGUGCAAGAGGUAACGCGAAACACGCGGUCGAAGAUGGAGAAGAAGAAUGUGGUGUGGAGUCGGGACGGGAUGAAGGUUGGCGUGAAGGAGUUGAAUGAUGAAGAUUACAAGGAUCGGAGUCAGAGUGUUCUGGUUAAUAUGUGGAAUCAUACCUCGUUUCCGGCUUAUAAGAGUCGGUUGUGGAAUAUGACGGGGUCGGCAACGGAGCAAGGGGAGGUUGAGAAGAGGAGGGGGUGGUCGAAAUAGAUGUUUUUCGCUUCCCUUCUUUUCUUUGAUGCCUUUCCCCGAGACGGUUGCCUUCUGCGAGUUGUACCAUUCACCCGAUCAUAUAUUUCGGUGCGAUUUAAA